GUACAUUCGAAACAAUUGCGAAAUGAAGGUUCUGACGCUCUUCUUGUUGGCGGCCCUCGUGGCAGUGGCUGUGGGCCGGCCAAACGGCGGCUGGCUGGGAAACUUUAACAACAACUGGAUGAGGAAGUUCGGCUGGGGUUCCGAUGACAGCCAAAACGUGCAGGAGAAGAAGUGGAAUAACCAGAAUCAUUGGAAUGGCCAGAAUCAGUGGAAUGGCCAGAACCAGUGGAACGUAAAUAGUCAUGGCCAGGGUCAGGGUCACAAUCAGGGUCAGUGGAAUGGUAAUCAUGGCCAAGGCGGAAAUGUUCACGGAAACAACCAUGGUCAUGGUAACGGACAUGGUCAUGGAGGUCACCGGCCGUCACCACCCCCACCAACAGCGGAUCUGCCCGAGGUGUCCACCGAAGACGAUAUUGCUUCCACCACCGAUGUGACCAGCCCCGUUGAGGAAAGCACUCUGGCCCCUGAAGUUCCAGAGGAUUCCACCACCCAGGAACCGGAGGACAACACGACUGACUCCGAAAAUGGUAGCGGUUCUACUGAAGACACCACUGUGGCUCCUGAAGACCCAGAGGAUUCCACCACCCAGGAACCGGAGGACAACACGACUGACUCCGAAAAUGGUAGCGGUUCUUCUGAAGACACCACUGUGGCUCCCGAAGACCCAGAGGAUUCCACCACCCAGGAACCCGAGGACAACACCACUGACUCCGAAAAUGGUAGCGGUUCUACUGAAGACACCACUGUGACUCCUGAAGACCCAGAGGAUUCCACCACCCAGGAACCGGAGGACAACACGACUGACUCCGAAAAUGGUAGCGGUUCUACUGAAGACACCACUGUGGCCCCUGAAGACCCAGAGGAUUCCACCACCCAGGAACCCGAGGACAACACCACUGACUCCGAAAAUGGUAGCGGUUCUACUGAAGACACCACUGUGACUCCUGAAGACCCAGAGGAUUCCACAACCCAGGAACCGGAGGACAACACGACUGACUCCGAAAAUGGUAGCGGUUCUUCUGAAGACACCACUGUGGCUCCCGAAGACCCAGAGGAUUCCACCACCCAGGAACCCGAGAACAACACCACUGACUCCGAAAAUGGUAGCGGUUCUACUGAAGACACCACUGUGGCUCCUGAAGACCCAGAGGAUUCCACCACCCAGGAACCGGAGGACAACACGACUGACUCCGAAAAUGGUAGCGGUUCUACUGAAGACACCACUGUGGCCCCUGAAGACCCAGAGGAUUCCUCCACACAGGAACCCGAGGAAGUAACCACGGACUCUGAGGACGGAAGCGGUUCUUCGACUCUUGAGCCCGAGGACUCCACAACCCAGGCACCCGAAGAACCAGAGGAUUCCACCACUCAGACUCCCGAAGACUCCACCACCCAAGCCUGAUUCUUCCGCGAUCUAGGAAGAUACUUGGGUUGCUCCAAAGGUUUCUAAAAAGUCUGCACUUUCUCCGCAAUCGCUAAAGAAUUCAGCGUCUCAUUAAAAGGUUAUUACAAAGAAUUUUAAGGCGAAAUGUGGUGGAAAUAUUAAACUGUUACAACUAAUUUAUUAACCGUGUUUUUACAAAACAACGUGAAAACAAUUUUAGGCUUAAGAUAAAAACCCAUGAAGUAACAUCGUGUUAUGUAGUCACGCACUCCUCAUAUAGCUUUAUAGUUCCCACAAUCUGAACAAUUAAAACUACCAAAAAACACCUUAA